UGCAGGUGGCUCAUGUUGUGAUUUCUAGUCAUGUGUGCGGUCUGUUGAUUUUGGAAAAUCAUGCAGUGUGUGCGGAUGUUAUGUGCGGCUCACAGAUGUGUCCCGAAUCUACAGAACACCUGGACAACACCUGGAAAAACUCUUCACUUUGUCAGAAAGGACGUUUGUUGUUUUAAAGACGCGACAUCACUUCUGAACCUCAACCUGACACGGUGUUUGUGUUCCUGUUCAUCAGGAAGAAAGUGUUGGAGCUGCGGUUCUUCUGCUCAGUUGUUCUUCUGCUCUUCCUGUCGUACCAUCCAGCCUCCUCAUGAUAAAGCGACUUAUUUUGAAAUCUUAAACUGUGAUCAGAUGUUUGCGUUGGACACUCGGAAGCUUCAGGAAAAAUACAUAGAGCUGCAGAGAUCUCUCCAUCCUGACAACUUCAGCCAGAAAUCACAGACAGAACAGAGAUAUUCUGAAGAGCAAUCAGGUUUGGUAAACAAAGCCUACAGGACUCUGCAGAAACCUCUUACACGUAGCGUCUAUUUGUUGCAGUUGCGAGGAAUCGAGUUGGAUGAAGGUACAGACUCUGCAGCAGAUCCAGCCUUGCUGCUAAAGGUCAUGGAGGUCAACGAGAAGCUGGCGGAGACUCAGAGCCUCGAUGAGGUCAACGCUGUUGGGCAGGAAGUGCAAGUGACACUGAAAAACCUGACUGAACAGAUGAAUGCAUCGUUAAACAAAGGGGACCUGCAGUCAGCGAGAGAGAUCCUGACUCAAAUGAAAUACUUUGCAAAUCUGGAAGAGAAGGUGAAGGAGAAGCUGAGGGAGAACAUGUGAUGUGGAGGAGAUUGAAUGUUGGAUAUGUGCUAAAUUAAAGUCUGUGUUUGAUUAA